CAAAAAACUGUCAUUUUCUCUUGUCAACAAAAACACGCGUGUUUAAUUUGAAGAAUCAAAUUUUUGGAGAAUAUUUCUAUUUGGCUUGAAAUAUUGCAUUAAAUAUACAUAAAAAAUAUGGAGAAAUACGCUGUUCCGAAUAAAUUGCCAUCAAAACAAGUUGCAAUUCUCGCACAUCGUCGCAAGAGAAUAACACAAGAAAAAGCCCGUAUUUCACAAAAGCAUUCUGGCGUCAAAAAGUUUAAGGGAAAGGGUUUUAUGAAGCCCGAAGCUUUUGUGGCGACAUAUCGAAAGGCAGAGCGUGACGACAUGCGAAUCAAACGAACAGCUGAAGUUCAUAGUUUACGACCCAAAACAUUCAUUCAAGACGACACAAAGAAACUCAUUUUGGUAUUUAGGCAUCGCGGAAAUCGUAUUGCAUCAAAAUCUGUGAUCCAUAUUUUGCGUGAAAUGCGUCUCAGCAAAAAGUAUCAUGCAACAUUAAUGAAAGUCACUCCGGAGAACAUAAAACUUCUCGCUGCUGUCGAGCCAUACGUCAGUUGGGGCUAUCCUUCGAUUCAAGUAUUGAGAGAUUUGGUCUUCAAAUAUGGAUUUACAAAGGAAAAGAACAAGAAAGUAAACAUUUCGAGUAACUUGCAAAUAGAAGAAGCCUUGGGAAAACACAACAUUAUUUGUAUGGAAGAUUUGGUACAUGAGCUUUUCACAGUUGGUCCUCAUUUCGAUGAAGCAAACAGCUUUUUGACACAUUUUGUCUUGCAAGCUCCAAAAACUGGAUGGGAAAAAUCAAAAGGUCAACAUUUUAGCAAAGGCGGAGAAUGUGGUUUUCGAGGAGAUGCGAUUAACGAACUAUUUGCCAGUGUUUUGUAAUAUUUUUUCCAAAUACAUCUUUAUUUCUUAAAAAAAAUUA